ACAAAAUGAACUGGACAAUUUUUUUUGAUUUUUUCAUUCACAAUAUUACUCUCAAAUACACUUACAGCACGUCAAGAAAACCCAAAAAUAAAAACAAGCAUGGCGAAGGUUUUUGAAGAAGACAGGUCAAAUUCGGGGGGAGGGAUCCCACCCAUGAGAUCAAGCUCCAACCCUCUCCCUCACCACCUUUCUCAAGAACCUCCUCUGAUGAGAAAAUUACCUACAGAAACAAAUCCAAAAAAGGCACACUUCUUGAAACUCAACCAUGUCUCCUCCUCUAACCGUUGUUGCCCCUUUUCUUCCCCACGAAAUCCCCUUUUACUGCUCUUCGAAAACUCAGAAGGAGACUCCCAAAACCAGACCCAAAAUCAACAAAAGACCCCCGACCUCUGCUUUCUGCUCUAUAUAUAUACACAAACAAUAAAAUAAAAAAAUGAAAUAAAUAAAGAAAAGUCUUGCUCCGUCAAUCACUAAUGAUGCCAAUUUUGUCUGGUAUUGCUGUUUUUUCUAUGUGGCUGUAGCGUGCAGGAGGCAGGGGCACAGGAUUGGGCGCAGAGUGCAGGAGGCACAACAGCAGGGGCGCAGGUGGCAAAGG